ACUGGGGAAAAUAUCUAAUGUUAAAAGAAGAGGCUAAACCCAAUCUGAAGUCCAGUCUGAACCUGGUUCUGUGUGGGAGGAGAGGAGCAGGGAAGACGUCAGCAGCCAAGGCCAUUUUAGGUCAGACUGAGCUUCAUUCAGUCUCCAACUCAUCAGAGUGUGUUAAACAUCAGGGAGAGGUGUGUGGACGUUGGGUUUCCCUGGUGGAGCUGCCUGCCUUGUAUGGAAAACCUCAGAAGGCAGUGAUGGAGGAAUCACUCAGGUGUAUCUCCCUCUGUGAUCCUGAGGGUGUCCAUGCCUUCAUCCUGGUCCUACCUGCAGCUGCCAUCACUGAUGAAGACAAGGGAGAGUUAGAGACGAUCCAGGAUGCAUUCGGCUCUCGAGUCAAUGACUUCACCAUGAUUCUGUUCACUGUGGACUCAGAUCCUACAGAUCCAGCUGCUGAAAAUAUAUUAAGUAUAGACAAAGACAUCCAGAAGCUUCUUCAGACCUUCGGACAAAGACAUGUGGUUCUCAACAUCAAAGACAAACAGCAGAUUACAAAGAUGUUUAAGGUUGUGGACAAAAUUAGUGAGGUCUCAGACAAACCACACUGUUAUACAAAGACAACAUUUCUACAUGCACAGAUGGAGAAAGUCUUACAACAAGAUAAAUCCAUACAGAUGCAACAUGAUGAACUUGAGAAGCUCAAGACGAAGAUGAUGACUUGUGAUGAAGUUGAAGGAAAAGACUCAAACACUCUCAGGAUUGUGCUGAUUGGGAAGACCGGCUGUGGAAAGAGCUCUACAGGAAACACCAUUUUAGGAAGAGACGAGUUUACAGCUGCAUCAAGUCAAAUGUCGGUCACACAAUAUUGUAAGAAGGCAGAGGGUGAGGUGGACGGUCGUCCUGUUGUUGUGGUCGACACUCCUGGUCUGUUUGACACAGCUCUGACCAAUGAAGAAGUUCAAGAAGAGCUGGUGAAAUGUAUCAGCCAGCUGGCUCCAGGACCACAUGUCUUCUUGGUGGUGAUGCAGGUUGGCAGAUUCACAGCAGAGGAGAAGAAUACACUGAGGCUCACUAAAAAAUUCUUUGGGAAGAAUUCAGAAAAGUUCACCAUCGUUCUUUUAACCAGAGGAGACGAUCUGGAGCGUCAGGGAGAGUCUAUUGAUGAUUACGUCAAGAGCAAAUGUCAUGAUUACUUUAAGAAGCUGAUCUCUAACUGUGGAGGAAGAUACCAUGUAUUCAAUAACUCUGACAAACAAAACCACACACAAGUCAGUGAGCUGAUAGCAAAGAUUGACACCAUGGUUAAGAACAAUGGAGGAAGUUUCUACACCAAUGAGAUGCUGCAAGAGGCUGAAGCAGCAAUAAAGAAGGAGACGCUGAGGAUCCUGAAGGAGAAGGAAGAAGAGAUUCGACAGGAAAAGGAAGAGAUUGAAAGAAAACAUAAGCAAGAAAUGAAAGCCAUGAAAAUAAGAAUGGAACAAGAGAGAGAAAAAAUAGAAAACGAGAGAAAACGAAAAGCUGAAGAACUCGAGGUAAUGAAGAACAAAAUUAAGGAAGAACAAGAGAAGAAAAAAAAGGAAGAAGAAAUGAGAGAAAAGAAGGAAAAGGAAAAGGACACUGGAGAAGAAAGAUGUCGACAACAAUUCAAAGAAGAACUUGAAAAGUUGGACAGACAAAUUCAGUUGGAAAAAGAGGCAAAGGAAAGUGUCGACAGACAGCUGGAAGAGACUAGAGAAGAGAUGCAACAAAAACAAGAAGCCUGGGAGAAAGAACGAAGAGAAGAGCGAGAGAAACAAAGACAAGAAGAUGAAAAGAGACGACAGGAGGAGGAAGAAAGAAUAGAAAAACUGCUGGAAAGUUACAAACAAGAAAAAAUAAAAUAUGAAAACAACAAAUUACAAGAAGAACAAAUAAGAAGAGAAAUGGAAAUAAUAGAGAACAAUCAUCAGAAAACACUGGAGGACCUAAAGACGAGCUAUGAAAGAAAAGCCAGACAGAAAGCAGAAGAGUUCAACGAAUCCCAAAAGAAACACAUGGACGAAUUAAAUGCUCAGCGGGAAGAACACGUGAAGGAAAUGAACGACUUAGUGAAACGUGUGACCAAGAAGAGCGAAAACCUGAGAAAGAUCAAACAUCUAGUGGAAAAACAUGAAAAACAAAUGAGGAAUGCAAAAACUGAGGAGGACAAGGAAGACCUAGAGGAAGAACAUGAAAAACAAUUAAGUGAAUUGUUUCAAAAAAUCUUAAGUGAUGAGCCCUGCGACAGACUGGUGACCCGCCCAGGGUGUACCCCGCCUCUCACCCCAUGA